AUGGACAAUCCUUCUGAACAGUAUGAUGAUCCUACGGGUCAGACUAUUGUCGGAAUGAGAUUCCCGCGUUUUCCUAACGACAAAAAUCCUGAAACAGGCGAAAUCGAUGGCCCAACUGGACCGGAGCCAACUCGUUACGGAGACUGGGAAAGAAAGGGACGAGCGAUCGAUUUCUGA